AUGCUCCGGCGUCAGGAAGAGCUCCGUUUUGCCCCGGAAACCUUGGAGCGGAUGCGCUCGUGCACCGCUUCGAGUGGAGAGUGGUUGGAUGUGGUGCGGGACUUGCAACGAGAAGUGGCCAUCGAAAGUGGUUUCAGAUCAGCAGCUGGCAUUGAAACUGCUGUGAGGCGCAUGCAGGUAGCCCACACAGUAAAACCUGAGCUGGCAAAGCUGUCCGUUUAUGCACGUGCAAAUCUUGCAGAGGAUGGCACCCUGAAACCAGGAGAUCCAUUGCCAGAUGUACCCCUUGUAGGCCUUGAUGGUCAGAUCUCUAUGCUGAAGGAAUGGUGUGGAGACCUCACUGUUGUAUGUGCGGGGUCCUGGACCUGA